UCGUCGUUUCUGCUCACUGCCCGGGAUUAUUUUGUUCGAUUGUCGGGCUUCGUUCGCGAAAUAAACAUUUAAAAAAUUGUUACGUUUCUCGUGAGUGUGUUGAGCUUGGAUUGCUCACAAGAGGAAUAAUUUUUUGAAAAUAAUUCUCGAUUCGCGACAAUCGACACGAAUUAACGUCAAAAUCGAUUUUCAACGUUCUUCAAUUUCCUAUUAACAAAUAAAAAAAGGCGCCAAAAAGCACAACAAUGGACAUCUUGGGCGAUCUUCUACCGGUUUAUUACGCUCGUUUAUUCCCAUUUCAAGAUUAUUAUCGCUGGCUCAGCUAUGGCAAACAGGAAACUUUUUCACGGAGGGAGUUUUCGUUCACACUUCAAGAAGAUGUUUAUUUACGAUUCCAAUCGUUCAGGGAUCUCAAACACAUGGAAGCGGAAAUUAAAAGACUCGUCCCGUUCAAAAUCGAUAUUGGUGCCGUUUACAAUAUUAGCCCUAAGGAAGAAAAAAAGGCUAUAAAGUUCCAGCCCAUUGAGCGAGAGCUUGUUUUUGACAUAGACAUGACGGAUUACGACGAGGUCAGAAAUUGUUGUUCGGGUGCAGAGAUUUGCAAAAAAUGUUGGAAAUUCAUGGUCAUCGCCUGUAAAAUCUUGGAUGCUGCAUUACGAGAGGAUUUUGGAUACAACCAUAUUCUUUGGGUAUUUUCUGGUCGGAGAGGUAUUCACGGUUGGGUUUGUGACGAUCGAGCAAGGAGUUUAGAAGUGGCUGCUCGAACUGCAGUUGCAGAAUAUUUGCAGAUACUGUCAGGCGGUGAUUUUAUGGCUAAGAAAAUAAAUCUAUUCGGAGACAAAGUUCAUCACUCCAUAAGAAGAGCUAUCGAAUUGAUAAAACCACGAUUCGUCACAAUGUGCAUCGAGGAACAAGACAUACUUGGAACAGAUGAGGCAGUAGCCAAAUUUCUCGAAUUACUGCCAGACGAAGAGGUCAAAUCCGAAGUGAAGAAUCUAUUUGAUAAGUACUCUAAAAGUGUCGACAGAUGGGAUGCUUUUACGAAAUAUUAUACCAAUCAAAUGCAGUCGGGAUUGAAGAAGUGGCGAUCAUAUCGUCAUUUCCUGGAAGAAAUAAUGCUUCAAUACACUUAUCCUCGUCUGGAUAUUCACGUGAGCAAAGGCAUGAAUCACUUGUUGAAAUCUCCGUUCUGCGUGCAUCCACAAACCGGCAAAGUUUGUAUUCCUUUGAAUCCAAAAACGAUCGAGAAGUUUGAUCCGAUGACAGUGCCGACGAUAAGUGUACUCAUCGACGAGAUAAAUACAUUCGAUGCUAAAGACAAAGCAGUCCAAGGAGAACAUUCACUUGCGACCAAGAGAAUUAAGGACUACAAGAAAACCAGUUUGAACAAAUCGUUACAUUUGUUUCAAGAGUUCCUUCGGGGCUUGGAGGAUUCGAGAAAAGCAGCUAAGCUCAAGCAACAGGACGUUAGCUUAGAUUUUUGAAAAUGAUAGCGACUCCAAAAAAACUUCAGCAUGAAUUUUCAGAAUUUUAAGAACUUCGUACGUGCCAACCAUCGCUGGAACAUUUUUGUAGCAGCAAAAUAUAUUCGCUAACGUAAUGACAACAUUUUUCAACACACACAACUCAUUGGUUCUCAUGUUCCAAGGACUGAGACCACUCGAACAUUCCUCAAUUCCAUUUGGGAUGACACGACAGCCAAGCAUUGGAAACUUCCCCAGUUGCAGAUACAUUGUGUUAAGUUAUUAUAUAAUUACUUAGAAAUAUAUAUUUAUUUUUCGUCUA